AACCGGUGCGGACUCCGGAGAGUCCGAGGACGACUGGGGACCGUAGGACAAAGAGCCUGAGCUCCCACCCGUACGAUAGGCCAGAACGCAAGCCCUGCCCUCGCCGCGUCCAUCCGUCCGUCCGUCGUUCCGCGCCUCCGUCCGCUCCGCCGGAACAGACGGGCGUAAGCGAGAAGCGGAGGUCUGGCAGAGAGCACGAAGGAAGGAAGGGAUGCCCCGAGGCGAUUACUUGGCGCUGUCUCGAUACGGCUCAAGAAAUGGGUGCAAGCGGUCCGUCGAUUUCGGGCACUUUUCGGCGGAUCUUUUAGCUCUCGGUGUUGGUGGACUUGAGUGUGCACUAUGCCGGGGAUGGACGAGCCAGAGCUCCGAGGAAAUAUGCGAAUUUGAGCGCGGGGGGUUCCGGGCGCUGAGGUGACGGGGAGAGCGAGCUUGUGGAGCUUCUAUGUCGUUCGAGGACGAGCGAGGCACGACGAGGAGUCGAUGUCCAGUAGGGUUAGGGUUUGGGACAGGGCAGGAGAGGUGAUGGUCGAUGGACUAGCGAGCUGGAAUAUUGGCAUGGGAUGUGAUGGCCUUGAGGAUCGGACAAAAUAGGACGAUCAAGUGAAUGUACGAAAUUAUCAGUUUCUUGCUCUCGAAUUUGUCGACUACUCUGGUGGUCUGAUGUAUUGCGCCGGUGAACGAACUGUCCUCGCAUGAUGACUACAACUACCGAGGAUUCAAAGCAAGGGGUUUUAACACAGUCCCAACCCGCCCCAGCUUCGCCAUCUCAGCAAACGCGUACCACUACUUCACCUGGAGCUAAUCCUACUCCUGCAGCUAACAAUGAAGGGAGGAAAAUAUCCUGCGAGGAUAUUCAACUGGUGCAAAAUCUCAUCGAACGAUGUCUCCAGCUUUACAUGAACCAAACCGAAGUGAUCACUACGCUGAAAUAUCAAGCUAAAAUUGAACCAGGUUUCACAAGCCUCGUGUGGCAAAAGCUAGAGGAACAGAAUCCUGACUUCUUUAAGGCUUACUACACUCGACUGAAGGUUAAAAAACAGAUCGUACUUUUCAAUCACUUGUUGGAACAACAAGUCCAACUCCAGCAGAAGAUGCGCAGUUUCCCUACCGCCAACCUCGUGCAACCAAUGCAGAAUGUGCACCACAUGCCAAUGGGUUACACCAUGCCACCGGGACCACCAAAUGCUGCUAUGCCACACAUGGGUGUAAUGCUUAUGCCUGUUCCUGGCUCUAAUAUGAUGAACGGAGCUGCCAGUCCCAUGCAGGAAAGCUACCCCUCCCAUGAGAGUCCUGGCAGGUGGGUGAUUGAAGAGAAGAGUACUCCAAUGUUUCCCUUCAGCAACAUGGGGAACCCCACUGACAUCACAGGAAUGGGGAUGGGACUUACUACAACGAUGGGGCUUGAAACGCCGUUUGUUUCCAAUGAUCCUGUCCCUAAUGGCAUUGGACCUUUGUCCACCACUGAAGCUGAUUCGUCCAGUACUAGAGAAUCUUUGGAAUCUCUGGGUCAGCUUCCACGAAAUUUCAGCUUAUCAGAUUUGACAGCAGAACUUACCAACAGCGCAGAUUUGGGAGCUCUUGGAAGUUAUACGGGUUCACCAUUUCUUACUCCUGACACAGAAGUUUUUCUUCAAUCGCCCGAUAAGGAUUUCUCCGGUUGGGGCGAAGACGAUAAGAUGUUAGACUCUAUGGGUGAGACUCUAAACAUGGAUUUUGGUGAUUUGAAUGUGUAGGUUUGGGCGAUGACGAUAAGAUGUUAGAUUCUAUGGGUGAGACUCUGAGCAUGGAUUUUGGUGAUCUGAAAUGACCUCAGAAAGUGAGGAAGUUAUAGCUUUUCAAUGUCGAAAUCGUCAUUGAAGUAUUAGGUCACUUCUGGAGUCUGGAGUCCCCCGCCUUUCCCUGUACAUAAUCUGGGGAAUGUACACAGAUGGAUGUAUUUUAUACAAUAUUUGUUGAUACGAAUAAAGAAAAGUGGAAUUAUAAU